AUGCCACUAAAUUCUCCUCUGUCUACGGACAUCUUAGCCAUGCCAAAUCCUGCCAAGAUUGAAAUUCCAGCUAUAAUUCCCUUCUCCGGCCUAGCCCUAACUUGGUAUACUUCGCUUCCCAAUGGAAGCAUUAAUAGCUUUGGCGAGUUCGAACCUAAGUUCCUUAGCCAUUUUAUGGCUUCCAAGAGGCAAGAGAAGUCUAACUUUCACUUGUUGAGCAUAACUCAACAAGAACGAGAAUCCUUUUCUGCUUACCUUCAACGACUCGAUAACGGAGUCUUGGCAGUAACUGAUUUAGAAACGUCUAUUGUUGUGUCAGCCUUAAUAAACGGCAUGAAAACUCACAAGUUGAAAUUCCAACUCCUGGAAAAUCAAGUCAAAACCUAUUCUAAAGCAAUGAGGCAAGCCAAUAGUUUUGUCAUUGCUUCCGACAUCUGCCAUCAAUUGGAUCCUAACUCCAAGAAAAGGAAGAGUGAUAAAAUGGCUGAGACUCAGAGGCAGAAACCCCAAAACCAAAAUCAGGUUGCAAGAAGAGGUCCCAACCAAUCCGAAGGAGAAAGAAAAUACCCACCACGGAAACCCAGAAAUGACGGUUAUGAAGCAAGGUUUAACCGAAAUAGAAGAGACAUCUUCUACGCCAUGAGAGAUGAACUACCUCCUCCUUCAACAAUCCCUACACCAAAAAAUGGAAGAAAUAUGGAUUUGUGGUGUGAAUAUCACAAGAAACAUGGGCACACACUUUCGAACUAUCAUGAAUGA